GCUUUGGCAGACAGAGGAAAACCUACCAAAGAGGAUGAACAAGCUGCAGAGACUGCUUCAGAGCAAGAUCCUGAUCCUGACAAUAUGUGCCGCUGGGAUUGGAGGCACUUUCCAGUAUGGUUACAACAUCUCCAUCAUCAAUGCUCCAACUUCAUAUAUCCAGACGUUCAUGAACAAAACCUGGCUGGAGCGCACUGGUGUUCCCCUUGAGAGCAACGUGAUACUGCUGCUGUGGUCUUUCACUGUCUCUGCGUACCCUCUGGGAGGACUUACUGGGGCUGUUGUUGCUGGUCCCAUGGCCAUCGUGUUGGGAAGGAAGAUGUCCCUGCUGCUGAACAACGUCUUUGUGAUCAUAGCGGCAAUCUUGUCGGGAUUCAGCCGAAUGGCAAAAUCCUUUGAAAUGAUUAUGCUCAGCAGAUUUUUUACUGGCAUGAAUGCAGGUGUAAGCAUGAACAUUCAGCCCAUGUAUCUGGCGGAAAGUGCCCCAAAGAAGCUCAGAGGAGCUGUGGCCUUGACCUCUGCAUCAUUUACAGCCCUGGGGUUGGUGCUGGGGCAGGUUGUUGGACUCAGGGAGCUACUAGGAGGGGAGGAGAGCUGGCCAUUCCUCUUAGCUAGCAAUGUGGUGCCUGCCCUGAUCCAGCUUACGGCUCUGCCUUGGUUCCCUGAAAGUCCCAGAUACCUCUUGAUUGACCGUGGAGAUAAAGAAUCCUGCAUCUCCGCACUGCAGAAGCUCAGAGGCAACAGUGACCUGAGUGCAGAGCUGGAAGAGAUGCUGGCUGAACAGGCUGCCGUUAAAGGUCAGAGAGCGAAGAAUCCAUGGGAGCUCUUCCAAAAUCCAGCUUUGAGGUGGCAGCUGAUGAGUAUCGUUGUGCUGAGCAGUGCCAUGCAGCUCUGCGGGAAUGAUUCGAUGUAUUUUUAUGCAGCUUAUGUGUUCCAAGAGGCUGGAAUUCCUCAAGACAAAAUCCCCUAUGUUGUAAUCGGCACGGGGAGCUGUGAACUGAUCACGUCUGUCACUUGUAACAUGAUUAUAGACUACGCCGGUCGGAGGCCACUGCUCCUAGGGGGAUAUAUCUUCAUGGCAGGAUGGGCCAUUGUCUUCAUGGUCGCUCUGAGCCAGCAGACUCAGAUUAGCUGGAUGCCUUAUCUCAGCAUGGCCUGCAUUUUCGCCUAUAUCCUGAGCUUUGGAAUCGGACCAGCUGGUGUAACAGGAGUUCUGCCCACAGAGGUUUUUGAUCAAAUGUCCCGGCCAGCUGCUUAUAUGAUCUGUGGCUCUCUCCUCUGGUUCAACCUGUUUCUGGUCGGAACAGCCUUUCCAUUCAUUGUGAAAAGUCUAGCACAUUUCUGCUAUGUCCCAUUCCUUGUGGUCUGCAUCUGCACUGCACUCUAUGUUGGAUUUUUCCUGCCUGAGACAAAGGGAAAGUCCUUCCUGGAAAUCUCGGAGGAGUUCAAGAGAAGGAACUUCAAAGCUCAGACCCAUGGGGUUUUUUAUAAAGGCCCUGAAGAGAUCAAAUCCACCAUGUUGUAGCGGAAGAAAGGAGGAUGGUAUCCCGGGCAAAUUCAGCAGUGGAUAUGUUCUCUUGCAGGGACACCAAGAGAGAAGUAGAGUUAGGGACAAUAUAUUAUUCUUAGGUUCUUAGGUUCACCUCGAAAAGAUAUACUUGAACUGAUAAAUCCCAACAGAAGUUUAAUGAUCUGUUUUCAGUUUUUAGUGCUAAGUAACACAUACAUAUUUUAGAAUCCAUAUUAAAGAGUGGCAGAAUGCCUUAUUCUCUUAUCAUCAAACAACAACGUGCAAUGCUUUAGCAAAUUUCUUCUGAAUUUCUAUAUUUCUCCUCCAUCCAAACAACAGCUUCCAUCUCAGAAGCCUUUCUUUCCUUACCCCUGAAUCUAGGCUCUCUAACACAGAAAUUAAUACGAUUAAGUUCUGUUUUCAGACACCAGAUGAAAUUCUCAGUACCUUGUCUUGGUGCUCCCGUUGUUUCUGUUAUUAAGUGAUUUCAAAUAGACCCCUACUUGUUGAGCAAUAGUGAGCAGUUAAUUAUUUUCAGCUAUAAAAACAUGUGACAGAUGGAUUAGGAAGAAAGCUUCUAGUGCUUGCUAAAAGUGGCUUAUUAUACAACUGACUUUUGGGCGUUGUUUUGCAGACUAUUUAUUCUGGACUGGUUUUCUUCAUGGCUUGUUUGUUGUCUUCCAGUCCUAUGUUGUAAAGCACAAGUAAUUCUCUAGCCCAGUUUGUGCUGCUCUCAUGGACACUGCUGGUGCAUCUUGUAGGGUUUUACACCUGUGCUCUGCUCAGGUUAGACUGUGGUGAGGAGCUCUUAUGGCAGCAGAUUAUUUUGGAUGUGGAGAGUUAAAUCACAGCAGAACAUUCUCUGCAGCAUGUUCUUCUUGUCUCCAUAGAGCAUACUGGAAAAGACCCAGAUGUGAUACUGAUUCUUUUUAGCUAACCUGGAACAAAACAGGGCAACAUUCCUCAUUUAAUAUUGCCUUCACACAGGUAUUGGGUUGACUGGUGAAGUUUCCUCUAGUUUCUUCUCAAAAUCAUAAUUAAGCCAUCUCUUUUCUUUCCCUUUGUUUGUAUGAACGUCACAGCACUGCUGAUGGUUGCAGCAAAGAAGAUAAAUUUUCAAAAUAAGUAGUUGAAGUUUCUUUCAGUAUGUUUUUUAACUACUUUUUUUUUAAAAAUACAGCAUUUUUGAAUGACAAGACUGUAAACAUUUUUGGAGUGUAUUACUGUCAUGCUGGGCAUGAGUGGAGCAGCAGAUCUAUCUCUCAGAAGAGGAGUCUGUGCAAGAAUUACCUUUUACUACCUAAGGUUUAUAACAUAGGAAAAAUAAAACUAAAUUUUUGCUCA